AUGGGCAGGACGAAACAGGCCCGACAGCCUGAGCGAAAGAGUGAAGAGCGAACGCCCUGUCAGGAUGACAAGUCUGAAACCCAAAAUCGUGUCUACGGCCCCGGUAACUACUUCUUAUCACGGGAAGAAUACUACGAUGUGCUGGCACAAUGCAAUUUGAUGGAGGAGAAUGCAUGCUCCCAGCGAUGCAUCCUCGAUCUCGUCAGUGCACGGUUCAACCAUCUGGACUGCACCAUUCGCACAUGGACUCACGCAUGGACACGUCGUGAAUCGAUGUCGCACCUUCAAUCAGACGAAAAGCAGGACAUCAUCAAUAGUCUUGAUGGUUACUGUGUCCAGGAAGACUGGGACAGUAUCCACCCUCUCCUUCCACCGGGAACCCGCGCGAAUAUGGGCCCGGUCUUAGGCGCUACAAUGCUUUACCAAUUCAUCUUCUCUAAACUCAUCGACUCUCCUUUUUGGUUCUUAGAUGGAAAGAUAAGCCCCACAGAUGUUGAUGGUGACCCGCAGUUUCACCUUCGUCUUCAAUAUUUGUACGAGAGAAUCCGGGAAGCUUCUGUCUACAAGGCAGCCUGGUGGAAAUCAGUCACUAUCGGCGAGUGCAAUGCCCGCAGCGCCUUCGAUAACAAUCCUGCCAAUACAGGGCUGGCACAGGGUACCGCGGUUCAACGUAAAGCAACGGUGGAAUCAUUGACUGAUGAGCUGCUUGGAUGCCGGGUUUUUCAACUUCUUCUUCGUCCAUUGGAGUAUAAAAAGGAUGUAUCUCUUCGUCAUGAACAGCUUCACCGAAUCCUCCACGACGCUGUUAAUACGAUUCUCUACACUGAGGGAGGGAUGUUCGGCAAUACUACAAUAGAACGGCUUCCGGAUCUUCCUGUCUUCGUCCACGAGUCAGACAGAAUGACAUCCCAUAUGCAUCACUUCACCAGCCCUCAGAAUACUCCGAGUUUUGCGGCUUUAGAUGGGGGUCGGACCCUGAUAGUUACUCGCCCGGGCCUCGUUUACUCACAGAUGCAAGCUCUGGGUCACGGUCGUAUCUUCCCUCCUGAGCGAGUGGUCAAGGCGGAGGUGUUAGCGGAAGUGAAAAGGCCAACGAAGGAGAGGGUGUCUCGGAAAGGGUCAACAUCCGGUGUUACGAAACCGACAAAAGGGAGAAGGGCCCAAAGAGCAAAGAAGCUCAGCGCCAGUCCCAGUGCAGCUGAUGCCAAAGAUAACAGCGGGGAACAUGGAGAAGACAGGGAGGAAAGCGUACCUCUUGGGAAGCAGAUGCCGCCGCGGAGGAAGACAUUCUGGCGUCAGUGA